GAAACACUGCUUUCCGUGCAAUGGUGACAAGCUGGUGUUUGAAAAAAUUGGCAUUUUAUUGUUAAAUUGUUAUUUACAGAAGCUAGAGAGACAUGAAAUUGAUCUAAAACGCUAAGUACUCGAAAAGCGUCCUUACUUUAUUGUUCAUUUUGAAUAAAACAUUGCAUGCUGAACAUUUUUAAAAUCAAGUUGCAACCUCCAGCUGGCACCAAUUCAGCAGAGCUUGAAAACAAAGCACACGUACCCGGCUACACUGUCGAAGGACAAUGAAGUUCUUUAUCGUCUUCUCGAUACUUUGGGUUUUUGCUGUAUCGUUUCCUCACAGUGAUGCAAAAGGAACCAAUCAGCAAGCCGAGAGCUUUCUUCAAAUUUCCCAAGACCCAGGAAACAAUUCCAAGGAAAGUACCAUCAGUACCACUGAAGAACAGGAAACCAAGUUGGAAGAUAUCCCAGUCGACGAUCCAAGCAAAAAAGGACCAGAAAUGACUUUUGGAAACACUGCUGGAAACGUUGGCCAACAAGGAUGCAACACAGGGAAUGUUGCUGUCGGUACACAAGUCAACAAAGACCAUAUGAAUAGCGUUGGUUGUACCACUGGCAGCGUUGGCAACGAACGAAUAAAAACAGGAAUUGUUGCCUUGGGAAAUCAACCUUAUAAAGGCCUGGGAAAGAUCACUGGCAACACUGCAGGCAGUCUUGGCAAAGUAGGAUCCAUGUCAUUAAAGAUAAAUGGGGCCGCCUUGAAGGGCCUGGGAAAGAUCACUGGCAACGUUCAAGGACUCGGAGUAAAACUUGGCAAUGCUAAAGCUGGCCAACUAGGAGCAAACAUAGGACAAGUUAAAGGACUCGGGGUGAAACUUGGCAAUAUCAAUGCUAACGUUGGCAAGCUAGGAGCAAACGUAGGAAAGGUUAAAGGACUCGGGGUGAAACUUGGCAAUAUCAAUGCUAAUGUUGGCAACGUAGGAGCAAACGUAGGAAAGGUUACAGGACUCGGUGUGAAACUUGGUAAUAUCAAUGGUAAUGUUGGCAACGUAGAAGCAAACGUUGGCAACGCAGGAGCAAACGUAGGACAAGUUAAAGGACUCGGGGUUAAACUUGGCAAUAUCAAUGCUAACGUUGGCAACGUAGGAGCAAACGUAGGAAAGGUUACAGGACUCGGUGUGAAACUUGGUAAUAUCAAUGGUAAUGUUGGCAACGUAGAAGCAAACGUUGGCAACGCAGGAGCAAACGUAGGACAAGUUAAAGGACUCGGGGUUAAACUUGGCAAUAUCAAUGCUAACGUUGGCAACGUAGGAGCAAACGUAGGGAAUGUUGAAGUCGGUACUCAAGUCAGUAAGGGCGAAAAGAUUGGCUCUGUUAGCGCUGCUAUUACUGGUGGGCUGCAAGGCACCAAGAUGACAAAUGUUGCUGUCGGCAAUCAAGGAGGAAAAGGUCAUAAAGUCGCCUUUGGCAACACUGCUGGCAACGUUGGCCAACAAGGAACCAAUACAGGGAAUGUCGCUGUGGGCUCACAAGUCAACAAAGGCCAAAAACUCAGACUGGGUUCUACCACUGGCAGCGUUGGGAACGAAGGAAUAAAAACGGGAAUUGUUGCCUUGGGCAAUCAACUUUAUAAAGGCCUGGGAAAGAUAACUGGCAACACUGCUGGCAGUCUCGGCAAAGUAGGAUCCAUAUCACUAAACGUAAAUGGGGCAAAUCAUGUCGGGAAUAAAGGCAUUAAAGGUCACGAAAUGACCUUUGGCAGCACCGCUGGCAAUGUUGGCCAACAAGGAGCCAACACAGGGAAUGUUGCUGUGGGCACACAAGUCAAUGAAGGCCAAAAACUCAGCGUUGGUUAUACCACUGGCAGCCUUGGCAACGAAGGAAUAAAGACAGGAAUUGUUGCCAUGGGCAAUCAACUUUACAAAGGCCUGGGACAGAUCACUGGUAACUCUGCGGGCAGUCUUGACAAAGUAGGAUCCAUGUCACUAAAAGUAAAUGGGGCCAAUCAGGUCGGGAAUAAAGGCAAUAAAGGUCAAGAAAUGACCUUUGGCAGCACCGCUGGCAAUGUUGGCCAACAAGGAGCUAACAAAGGGAAUGUUGCUGUUGGAUUCCAGCACAACGGCCCAAAAUGAUUAUUUUGUUAGUUUUGCCUAAGCACUGAUUGCAAAUUACAGCCAUAGCUUAGUAAUUUCUUUUGAAGUAAUGAUUUUAAAAAGGUGCAGGGAUCGAUAGUUGUGAAUGUUUAAAGUGCAAUAAAGGAUAAAGGGUGUUA